CGUUCAUGCAAGCUGCUGGAGCAGGUUGCCCAUGGCGACUCGCGCCACCACCCCCUCCUACCUCUACAACGCCCUCCUCCGCCGCGCCGUAGACCACCGCAGCCUCCUGCUGGCCUUCCGGGCUAUGCUGCGCGCGGGAGUCGCGCCGGACCACUUCACCUUUCCCUUCGCCCUCAAGGCGCUCGCCCAGGCACGCGCCGCAGCGCCACCGCGCGCCGGCGGAGCCCUUCGGUGCCUCCACGCGCAGCUUGCCAAGUCUGGCCACGGCGCCGACGUCUACGUUACUUCCUCCCUCGUCCACGCCUACGCGGCAGCCGCCGCCGACGCCGCCUCUGCACGGGCGGUGUUCGACGCCGCGCGCCACCGCAACGUCGUCACCUGGACGGCGAUGAUCGCUGGGCACGCCGCGGCUGGGGAGGCGCGGGAUGCGGUCGCGCUAUUCAGGGAGGCUGUGGCGAGCGGGCAGGAGGUAAUUAAUAGUGUCACGGUCCUGCAGGUGAUGGCGGCGUGCGCGCAGUGCGGCGACAUAGAGAGCGGGAGGUGGGUGCACGACACGCUCCGGCGCUGGCGCGUCGAGCCCGUAUUGCUCGAUGUUGCUCUUGCCACGGCGGUACUCCAUAUGUAUGCUGCAUGUGGUGGUCUAAGUGUUGCAGCUCAAGUGUUCGAUGCAAUUCCUCAAAGAAACGAGGUGUCCUGGAAUGCAAUGGUUGAGGUUUGUAAUCGUCAUGGAAGGUCGGAUAAGGUUCUAGAAACUUUUGCUGCUAUGCAUUCUGCUGGGAUGAAGCCUGAUAAGGUGACAUGGCUGAGCAUACUGCGUGCUUGUACAUCGAAGGGAGAUACGGGCUUAAGCCGAGGGGUUCACGCAUACAUGGAAAAGACUAAUUGUUGUCGACAUGUUGCAGUUUGCACAUCUCUAAUGGAUAUGUAUUCAAAAACAGGAAAUGCACAGAGCGCGCUCCAGAUAUUUCAUUGUUUCAAAGGGAAGGAUUUGAUGGCAUGGACAAGCAUGAUCAGCAGUUUGGCGAAGCAUGGCCAAGGCAGAGAUGCAGUGCAGCUCUUCAAGCAGAUGGAGUAUGGUGGCGUUGUUCCAGACCAUGUUGCAUUUUUAGGCGUGCUUACUGCUUGCAGUCAUGCAGGGAUGGUGGAUGAAGGCAGGAAAUAUUUUGACUCCAUGCUGAAUCUUUACGGCAUCAGACCAACGGUUAAACAUUAUGGAUGUAUGAUUGAUCUGUUGAGCCGUGCAGGUUACUUAGGAGAGGUUGAGAGGAUGAUGCAAUUGAUGCCUAUUCAGCCCAGUGUUAGAAUGUGGGGAAGUAUGAUGAACGGUUGCAAGAUACAUGGUAAGGCCGAUGUAGCUGAGAGGAUAGGAAGGGGGUUUGCUGAACUUAACCCUCAGUUAAGUGCAACCUAUGUGGUCAUGUCCAACAUAUAUGCAGAGCUUGGUAGGUGGCAUGCGGUCGAGCAAACUAGGAGGUUGAUGUGGCAGAUGGGAUUGAAGAAAAAUAUAGGCUCAAGUGGCACUGAAGUGCACAUGUUGUGCUCCUGAAUUCAAUAGAAGUGAGAGGGGGAGAAUAUUGUGAAAGACGUGUUGUGGAAAUGUGACAUCAAAGUCAUGUACAUUCCUGUCUGGACCAUGUGUUUGAAUUGAAUUGCCAGUUUUAUUUGUGGACAUAGAGGAGUCAGGACUCUGAACACUUGCUAAUUGGCAGUGCUGGUACGCUGAAGGUGGUAGCAUGGCCUUCAUAACCUCUUCAGUCAGCUAUGGUGGGUUAGCCGACCAAUAGCAACUGAGGACUUCUUCCAAUUAGAUCUUCAACAUUGGAAGGUUCGUUGCCCCCAAGAAUGCAGUCAAACACGUAGAAGCAACACUGGAACAAUCAGUUCUCCGGCAGAGUGUGGAUUUCUGUUGGUUUAUGAUGGGCUGAUCCCACUGUAUAGGUAUAUCUGCCUUGCCCAUUAUUGGCGGGUGCGCUAGCUUGAAAGAGAUACUGCAGUUUCAAUAGUUAAUGCUGUUCAUGCUACUGUAUGUAGUCGAUAAAUUGCUGAGUUUUUAUCUUUCCGUCAUAUGCUUGAGUUAUACUACCUCCACUCCAAAUAUAUUUGAAGUUCUCUGUU